UAAGUUGGUUUUCAAAUGAAAUGCAUUGAAUUGUCAAAGUGUUAGUGUGCUUUACAAGAAAAAAGAGACAGUCAUUGGCAAUACAUAUUUCGAAUUAAACGUACUAUUUCACUUAAAUUAUCAUUUAUUCCUCUCGUGAAUUGCAGAAUUUCUGUUUUAUCCAAAUUUUGCAAAAAUCAAAUUAACUGAAAAAUAAUAAUUAUUCAAUAUGAGUGUACGUGUUAUCGAAGAUGAUGAGCAUUUCCAGAAAGAGCUGCAAGCCGCUGGUAUUCGUUUGGUUUUGGUUGAAUUUGCAGCUAAUUGGUCUGGCCCAUGCAAACGGAUCGCUAAAGAAUUUGAAUAUUUGCCGAAUAAAUAUUCACAAGUAAAUUUUCUCAAAAUUGACGUUCAAGAAUGCCAAGAAGCAUCAGCUAUUGAAAACAUUAGCGUCAUUCCAACGUUUCUGUUCUAUAGAAAUAAGACAAAAAUUGAUAUACUUGAGGGAAAUGAUCUUGCUAGCUUGGAAGCGAAAAUCCAACAACUUCUCAACCAAUCAGAUGAAAACGAACAAAAAUUCGCUUCAGCCAUUAAAAGUUUAAAUAGUUUUUACGCCUCAGAUGAAGCCAAUUCAAGUGGUGACUUGGUUACACCAACUUUCACACCGGAUGAGCUAGGUAAGGAACUUAAGUUGGAUCGUAAUACAGUGGAAUUUCUGAAGAAUGAACCGGUUGAUGAACGUGAUCCUUUGAUGAUUCUUGAUUUCCAAGCUGGUUUUUCAAAAUUGGCGAAUUUCAUCGGAAAUAAAAACAUGGUUUUCGAUGCAUUGGUUAGAAGCGGUGCUCAACAAAUUAGCGGAAAUGUAUUCAAAUUUUUGACAUGGGAAGAUCUAUAUGCAUCGCAUUCGUUUAUGAAAAAUGAAAUCCCGUGGGCAUUUUAUUCGGAAUAUCCUGCUUUUUCAGCUCGUAAUGGACUAAGCAAUGUGCCUACCAUUCAAACUACAAUAAUUACAUGGUUUUCCGAGCAAAAAUUGUCAACUCAUCCAUUUGAAUUUUUCAAGUUUUAAAAAUUGCUCAAUUCUACAUAUACGCUACCAAAUAAAAAGCAGCCACUUUUGUUCGUCUAAUUUUUAAGCGGCUGAAUGAAGCGCGAUGAGAUGAACAACCCACUUUUAAUCUUUGUGAAUUGCCAAAACUGAACAUACAAAACACGAAUUAAUCAUGAAUUAACUUCUAGAAUGAUAUCUUCUUAGUUGAUAGCUUUCAUUUAUACAAAUAAUCUAAUGAUCGUAUAUAAAUCUCUCAGUUAAUAAUGAAUAAAGAGAAAAAAAAUCUGAAACAAAACGAAA